GUGUUCGUCGUCACUGGUGCCUCGCGGGGAAUUGGGCUUCAGUUUGUGAAGACUUUGAUCCUUCGUGCUAGGGGAAGCAUUGUGGCGUGUUGCCGAUCUCCGGAAAAAGCUGAGCUGCUACAAGAAUUUAUUGCUACCUUAGAAGAUCCCCGUCGCAUUCGCAUUGUCUCUCUCGAUUUGGAAGAUCAAACGUCCAUUGAACGCGCUGGAGCCGAAAUAAAAGAAAUGUUUGGCCGAGUCGACAUGCUACUCAAUGUAGCGGGGCUUCUGGGUGACGCCAAAACAACGCCUGGACCGGAACGUUCGCUGGCGAAAGUUGAACGAGAUUGGUUUGAAAAGACGUUGGCUAUUAACACAAUUGGACCAGUUAUGUUGUCAAAAGAACUGUCGCCGUUGAUGAUGCAGCGGCGCAAGCGAAAAAGUAGUGACAACGAUACUGAGACGCGAGCUGUAGCCGUCAUUGCAAGCCUAAGUGCACGGGUGGGUUCUAUAUCGGACAACGGUUUGGGAGGGUGGUAUAGUUACCGGAUGAGUAAAUCGGCAUUAAAUCAAGCGACACGAACAAUGGCGUUGGAAAUGAAGCGAUGUUCAACCUGGUGUAUUGCACUGCAUCCCGGUACGACGGAUACGGACCUGAGUAAACCAUUCCAGUCUAAUGUCAAGGAUGGAAGUCUAUUCCCCGUUGACUUUACAACGGAAAAGUUGAUGAAUGUCAUUGACUCCAUGACCGAAAACAAUUCAGGCGGUCUUUAUGAUUGGGCCGGCCAAGCCAUUUCUUUUUGA